AUGACCAAACAAAUCAGUAAGUCAACACAAUACAAACCCUCGAAAUCAACAUUAGUGAGCGCUAAACUUUUUUCCAUGAACCGUACGGAGAGCACCAGGUUAUUAGAUCGUGCCUGGUCAGUUUUAGAAUCAGGUAGCGAUGGAUAUGUGUAUGCGAAGGAUAUCCCGGAGAUAAUUUCUUUCAUUGACAGAGAAUUGCCAUCGAAGUUGACCACCCAAUCCAAUGACAAGGUGAUAGAAUCAUGGGUCAAUAACGAUCCAAUGAAAACGUUGUCGAAAGAACAGUUUUUAGAGGCUUUUUCGAUGCUCGUUGGAACCUCUUUCGACACAGCGGUGCAAAUUGCGAUGCAAUCUGAUAUUCUUACACCAACAAGACGCGGGGCAUCAUUGUUUGGUAGUUAUAGAAGAUCUUCCAAUGAUUUAGAGCAAGUGUUACCAGCUGAACAAAUUAAAGCGUUGAAGCGGGAGCUGCAGGAAUGGAAGGAUAAGUAUACCUUUUUGGAACAUGAAUUCCAGUUCUUUUUGUCACAAGAGAAGAAAAAUCCAGAAGUAAUUGAUAAUACUAAACAUGAGUUCAUUAUAAGCGAGUUGAAUAGGAAGUUAAGAGAGCAAGAUGAAGCGAUAGAAGAUCUCAAGAGUCAGUUGGACUAUGGACUUGUUCCUGAACUUAAAGAUAAAACUAACUGGAUAAAAGCUUUACAGCGAAAGGCAUAUAAUUAUCUUUUGCCUAAAAUACUCAUAUGUCUACUAUUGUUACUAUUAUACUACUGCCUCGCAGCAAAAAUAUUAUUCACAAAAUCUUCCAGCACAGAUGAUGUUCCCUCGUUUAUAAGACAGCAAUCAUGGUGGGAGAGGAAUAAGAUUUUGAGUAGGAUCCAAUGGUAUUUUAAAGAUAGAAUAGAGAAUAACGUUGUCAGAAACUCAUCUGAGGUGAUACAAAAUUACAAUUCAGUGUUCGGAAUACACUAA